AGAUUACAUGACAUUACAAGGAAAAGAGUAGAAACGAUCUCUUCAAGGUUUAAGUAGAUCAAUACUUUUACAUGAUGGUGGUUGGGAAUGGGGAAAGUGGUUGGUGAAACGAGAAUAUAUAUCUCUUCGAGUCAUUCCAUUGAGGGUUAUCUUCUCUCCUAUCAUACUUUACAAUUCAAUCAUAAUAUACCAGUAACUGCACAAGCCCUUUUACUUUAUUAUAUCUUCUAAAACAAUCCAUCAUUACGUCUAAGUUUAAGGCACUUAAAAAACGUCCCUUUUACAUCCUGCCCUAUCACGAUUUCCCUUCACCCCAUUUAGACAUUGAUAUCGAAAGUCUCAAGUCAACAAUGUCAGGAGAAGGCACAGACCUUCCAAUAUACCGAAGCAGUAAAACUGUGGAUGGUGAUCAUAUAAAACCUCCUGGUUCUUCGCAAUCAUUAGUACCAGUACAAUCUCCUUCUAGAGCAUAUCAAAAGGAUACAGUAAUGUGGUCUCCUCCUCUAUCAUCGCAUCCUAUCAUGUCACCACAUGAUACUACCCCGCAACAUCCUGUCUUCUCAACUGAAGAUCUUGCAAGACCCGGUACAGGUUUAAGACGAAGACCAUCAUUACCACCUCCAAGAAGAUAUUCCGGUGGUGACUACGACACUAAACCUAGUUUCUCAUCGGAUACCGGACGAGCUCUUCGUGCGAGAGAAGAACUCUUUUAUAGCGAGCGCGAAAGAGAAGGCUCUAUGUCAUCUCGCACUCGUGUUCGUGAUGAUCACCCUCAUCCUGAUUAUCACGAACGUUCCCGUCCUCCACGUACCUAUCGCAAUGUCGUAGGGUGGGAAAGUGGUCCUCAGAAAUCAUAUUUUGAUGAGUCUUCACGAAGUGAUCUUGGCAAAGAACGAGAUGUAGAAAAAGGAAUCAGAGAAUCAGGUGCUGCACCUGAAUGGGCUAGUGGUGAGAAGGUUAGAAGGAAGAGCACAGAUGAGAGUAUUGAUGGGUAUAAUUACGACUCUCACAGAAGAGGUGGAAUAAAGGGAACCAUUGAUUUGGAGAAUUUAUCACCAGAAGAAAGAGCAAUAGUUAUGAGAUUACCAUGGACACAUUGGAUGAAUAGUAAUUUCAAGAAUCGUGAGUUUUUCUAUCCUCUUUCCAUCUACCACAAACAUACUAAUCACAAACUAUAGAUUUCGUAGCAACAGUCGGCGAAUUCGUCGGCACAACUAUGUUCCUCUUCUUCGCUUUCGCCGGUACUCAAGUAGCAAAUAUCGACAGUAACACAGUGAACACAACAACAGGUGCUGCAGCAGGAUUUAACGUUUCAGUCGAACUCUAUAUUGCCAUCAUCUUUGGUUUUUCCCUCAUGGUAAAUGUAUGGAUUUUCUUCCGUAUUUCCGGAGGACUCUUUAAUCCAGCCGUAACCCUCGGUAUGGUCCUCGUCGGUGCACUUCCUAUCGCCCGCGCCAUCUGUCUAUUCUUUGCUCAAAUCCUCGGAGGUAUAACUGCCAGUGCUAUGGUUCUUGGUCUCUUCCCUACAACAUUCAAUGUACGGACUACGCUUGCUGCUAGCACAUCCACUGUACGUGGUGUUUUUAUCGAGGCUAUUUUGACAGCUGAACUGGUCUUUACAAUUUUUAUGUUGGCAAAGGAAAAACACAAGGCAACUUUUAUUGCGCCGGUUGGCAUUGGAUUGGCAUUGUUUAUUGCGGAGAUGGUGGGAGUUUUCUAUACUGGAGGAAGUUUGAAUCCGGCUAGAAGUUUUGGUCCUUGUGUUGUUAGUGGAUCUUUUGAUAAGGAACAUUGGAUUUAUUGUAAGUUGUUUUCCCUUCUAUUCCUUCAGGUCUCCUCACCCCUCAUCUUCUCCCCUCUCCUCCAUAUCCGACCCCUAUUCCCGUUUCUUCCUUCCUCACCCUACAACCCCCACUAACCAUCAUCUUCUCUAGGGAUCGGUCCAAUAUUGGGUACAUGCAUCGCAGUAUUCUUCUACAAAUUCAUCAAGAUGCUCGAAUACGAAAUGGCCAAUCCGGGUCAAGAUGGUGAUGCUAAGAAUGAUCCUACUCAGAAUGAAAAGAAGAGAGAACAAAUCUUAGAGGAGAGACAGAGGAGAUAUGAGAAGAGGUCUAUGACUGGUGGUAGUGUGAUGGGUAGUUUAAGACCGGGAAGUAGAAUGAGUUAGGCGAGGGUGUUUUUUAUAUUUUCGGAGUAGAGUGGUGUCGAAAGAGGUAGAAGAUGAUGCGAAUGGAUGAUGAGGAGAGGAGAGAGCAGAUUGAAAAGUUAUUGAAGUGAGGACGGGGAUAAUGAGGAGACUUGUCUUGUCUUGUCUGAUGUUACUAAUCCGUUUAUCCUCAUCGUCGCUUUUGCAAGUUUUUCCUUCUUCAUAUACCGAUUGCUUGCUUGCUUGCUUGUUUAUAUACAGUUCAGUACAGUACUUCAUUUACUUUUUACUUUUUAACUUU